AGCUCCAAGUCCCCAUCCCUCUGCAGUCCUGCACAAUGAGGACCCUGAACCACUCUGCCAUGGAUGGGGCUAGGGUGGAGAGGAACUUCUCCUUCCGCAUUCUGACGGCCUGCUUCUUGUCCGUGCUCAUCCUCUCCACCCUCCUGGGGAACACCCUGGUAUGUGCGGCUGUCAUUCGCUUCCGGCACCUUCGGUCCAAGGUGACCAACUUCUUCGUCAUCUCCCUGGCUGUCUCAGACCUUUUGGUGGCCGUGUUGGUGAUGCCUUGGAAGGCGGUGGCUGAGAUUGCAGGCUUCUGGCCUUUCGGAGCCUUCUGUAACAUCUGGGUGGCCUUCGACAUCAUGUGCUCGACAGCGUCCAUCCUCAAUCUCUGUGUUAUCAGUGUAGACAGAUAUUGGGCCAUCUCCAGCCCCUUCCGCUACGAACGAAAGAUGACCCCCAAGGCCGCUUUCAUUCUCAUCAGUGUGGCCUGGACCUUGUCUGUUCUCAUCUCCUUCAUCCCCGUGCAGCUCAGUUGGCACACAGCGAAAUCCCCUGGCCCACCAGACAGCAACGACACUUUGCCGCUGGCGGAGCCAGCCCCCGACAACUGUGAUGCCAGCCUGAGCCGGACCUAUGCCAUUUCGUCCUCCCUCAUCAGCUUCUACAUCCCCGUGGCCAUCAUGAUCGUCACCUACACACGUAUCUACCGAAUCGCCCAGAAACAGAUCCGCCGCAUUUCAGCCCUAGAGAGGGCGGCCGUGCAUGCCAAGAACUGUCAGACCACCGCCGGCAAUGGCCACCAGGCCGAGUGUGGCCAGCCUGAGAGCUCCUUCAAAAUGUCCUUCAAAAGAGAGACCAAAGUCCUGAAGACGCUAUCAGUGAUCAUGGGUGUGUUCGUUUGCUGCUGGCUACCCUUCUUUGUCUUGAACUGCAUGGUGCCAUUCUGCGGGUCCGGGGAGACACAGCCCUUCUGCAUCGACUCCAUCACCUUCGAUGUGUUUGUGUGGUUUGGCUGGGCCAAUUCCUCCCUGAACCCCAUCAUUUACGCCUUCAAUGCAGAUUUCCGGAAGGCAUUCUCCACACUUCUGGGCUGUUACCGGCUCUGCCCUGCCACCACCAAUGCCGUUGAGACAGUGAGCAUCAACAACAACGGGGCGCCCAUGUUCUCCAGCCAUCAGGAGCCCCGAGGGUCCAUCUCCAAGGACUGCAACCUCGUCUACCUGAUCCCUCAUUCCGUGGGCUCCUCUGAAGAUGUGAAGAAAGAGGAGGUAGGUGGGGGAGGGGCCAAGCCCUCAGAGAAACUGUCACCAGCCCUCUCAGUCAUUUUGGACUGCGAUACUGAUGUGUCCCUGGAGAAGAUCCAGCCCUUCGCCCAGAAUGGACAGCACCCAUCAUGAACAGCUCUGCCCAGUCCAGCAUCUCACCUCUGGCCAGGCUCAUCCCCAGCACUGGAUGAG